CGGCCUGGUGGGCGCCUCCACACACGAGGUGCGGGUGUUCACCAAGCCGGACCUGGACCUGCCCUCCGCCCCAGAGUCUGGAAGUUGUCCCCACCUCACCCACCAGUCUGGAGGUCACUUGGUCGCCGCCCGGAGUGGCCAAAACGCCCAUCACUGGAUACGCCAUGCUCUAUACGCAGGUUGGGUCAGCAGAAGAACACGAGGUAGAGGUCACUGGCACGUCACAUGACCUCCAAGGCCUGGACCAGUUCACUGAGCACAGCGUGUGGCUCACCGCCGUCAACAGUAAUGGCGGGGGAGACGCCACCCCGGAGGUCACUGCCAGAACCUUCUCAGACGUGCCCUCAAAGGAGCCUCAGAAUGUGAGCGUUGAGGCUGCCAGCUCAAGGAGCCUCAUCAUCCGCUGGGAGCCUCCGCUGGCCGAGCACCAGAAUGGGAUCAUCACCAGCUGCAAGAUCCGCUACAAGGAGCGUGGCAAGUCAGGUUCCUCCAAGACCAGUGCCACAGAUGGAAACAGACGACUCUUUGCCCUCACAGACCUCAAGAAUCCCCUCCCAAGGUACAUAAAGAGACAUCUGGCUUUGUAAGUGAAAAUAAAAGUUCUGUAAUAAUUUCCUGAGAUUGUUAGUACCCUUGCUUCAUGAGGAGACCUUGUUUGGGAAUGUUGAGGAGAGAACAGGCAGAGUGUGAUGGAAGGGAGAUCCUGCAUCCUCCCCUGAAGGCUGUGUGUGAGUCACUGUGUGCUCACUCACCACACACACACGACACUCCCAGAUACAACCCUUACCUAACAUGAUGUGUUAUGACCCCUGGGGCGGUAUUAAUAAAGACUCCUAGCAAUACUUUUUGAGGUGCUGCUAGAAGCUGUUUUCCUUCUAGCAGUAGCUUUUAAAUUUACUGCUAUACUCUGUCCAAAUUACUUGGCCAAUAAUAAUUAUUUACACCGAAAAGCCCCUCCCCAAUUCUGGUAAGCUCC